UCGAGCAUAUAUAAAUGAGCGUUCGAAGCCCUAAAUUGGCCGUGUCUUCCCUCUCGCGCUCGCGGCCUUGGUACGGUUCCGGUGUCGUCGGUAUUCUUCCCUCCUCCCCUCGUCCUUCGGAUCCUUUCCACCGGCGAUUCCCCUCGGUGUCACGAUCCCUCCUAGCUGAGGCAUUUGCCUUGAAUUCUCUCUCGUUUCGGAGAUCUCGCCUAUACCUUGAUCCACGGGCUUCCCCACCCGAGUCCGAGGAGUAACAUGUUUAGAGAACGAAAUGUCUCAAUCCUGGGCAGAUAAUGUCAAGUCUUCAUCUGGAUCCACUUCGCAGUCCAGUCCCCACCUUGUGUUUCCACAUGUUUCGCAUACCAAUUUGAAGCACAGAAAUGUUUUUCAGUUGUUAGCAUGGAGGGAGAUAUCUCCUCGGUCUAAGCAUAAGAAACAGCUUUGGAAAGAAGGCUCAAACUGGAGUGCUGAUUAUGUUGCACUAAGAUGUGAAAAAUUGGAUGCUAGAAAUGCUUUGGCUUCUUGGGUAGAAGCAGAGUCUUUGCGUCAUUUAUCUGCUAAAUAUUCUCCUCUUGUGCCUCCUCCAAGGUCCACAAUUGCAGCAGCAUUUAGUUCUGAUGGAAAUACAAUUGCUUCCACACAUGGUGACCACACUGUCAAGAUAAUUGACUGCCAAACAGGGAACUGUUUAAAGGUGUUAAGUGGUCAUCGACGGACACCUUGGGUGGUUAGGUUCCAUCCAUUACACCCAGAAAAACUUGCAAGCGGUAGCUUGGAUCAUGAAGUUCGAUUAUGGGACACAGAGACAGCAGAUUGUAUAGGGUCACAUGAUUUUUAUCGUCCUAUCGCCUCUAUUGCUUUUCAUGCCCAAGGAGAACUUCUUGCUGUAGCUUCUGGCCAUAAGCUGUACAUAUGGAACUACAACAAGAGAGAAGAGGCUUCUUCUCCUACUGUUGUUCUAAAGACUCGGCGCUCCUUAAGGGCUGUACAUUUUCAUCCUCAUGGUGCUCCAUUUCUGUUAACAGCUGAGGUUAAUGAUCUAGAUUCUCCAGAUUCACCUUUGACUCUUGCAACAUCAUCGAGUUAUUUACACUAUCCUCCGCCUACAGUUCUUUUUGCUAAUUUAAAUUCUGAUCUCCGUCAGCAUCAGAUGGAUAAGUUGCCCCUUAUGCCUUCUCCUUACUUCUUUUGGCCAACAUUUGUAAAUGAUGAUGGAAGGAGGACUUUGCAGCAUGCUGGUGGGACAAGCAGCUCAGCCAGUGGACAGCCAAAAGCAGACUCUUCUAUGUUGUCUAGUCAGAGACAAAUACCAGAUGCUGCUAACCAGUAUGAUAAUUUGGUGGCCCCCAUGGAUAUAUCUCCUGGAGAACCAUCUGACAUGAAUUUUAUGACCGAUAAUAGAGUUUCUACGAUGACUGGAAUAGAUAAGGCAUCGGAAAGUGCGGAAACCAAUGAAGGACAAUCGACACCAGAGUUUCAGGCAAGAAGCUCUACUGGGAUUUCUGAGAGGUUGGAUGCUUCUGGUAAUGUGUCAUUGACUACGUCUGCUCAGAUUCGUGAGAGGUCAGAUGCUUCUGGUAAUGUCUCAUCGACUACACCUCAGGAAAGUGGAAUGGUUGAAAGAGAACCGAUUGGGUUAGGUAUAGCUGUUCCACCUAUUAUUUCCACAAGCGUCUCCAGCGAUGGUAAUCCCAUAUUAAUCCCUUUCCAUGAUCCUCCAUGCUGGGAGCUGCCUCACCUGCAGGGCUGGUUAAUGGGUCAAACUCAUUCCAGCUUGCACACAAGAUCUGUUAAUGGUGGCUUAGAAGGAAAUUCAGGCAUGAUUCGUCAAAUAGGAUCCAAUUCCUUGACCUCUGAAUUACAAUAUAGCCAUAAUGCAGAACGUUUAGUGGCUUCCUCGAUGGCAAACCUAGUUGGCCAUUCUAGGGUGACUGCAAGAUCUGGUUCUCGUCAUCGUUCAAAUUCACGUUUACUGGCUUCGACAGGUGUCAGCCAAGUUUCUUUGUCUCAUAAUUCCCAGACCGAUGAUGCUGAGCCUCGUCGUGGUCCAAGUGGUAUUGGAUCCGAGGUUCCAACAUCAUUGGCUGCAGCAGCAGCUGUUGAAUUACCUUGUACUGUGAAACUAAGGAUAUGGCCGUAUGAUAUACAAGAUCCAUGUGCUCCUUUGGAACUAGAGACAUGCCGUUUAACUAUACCUCAUGCAGUUCUUUGCAGUGAAAUGGGCACUCAUUUUUCUCCUUGUGGGCGAUUUUUGGUUGCUUGUGUUGCAUGCUUGCUUCCUCACGUGGAAGGUGACCCUGGAACACAGUCACAAAUGCAACAUGAUGCUUCAGGGGCUGCAACAUCACCAACGCAACACCCAAUUUCGGCUCAGCAAGUUAUGUAUGAGCUUCGCAUCUACUCUCUUGAAGAAGCAACCUUUGGUAUGGUGCUUUCUUCAAGAGCAAUAAGAGCUGCACACUGCCUAACUUCUAUUCAGUUCUCACCUACUUCAGAACAUAUACUAUUAGCAUAUGGUCGGCGUCAUAAUUCACUUCUUAGGAGCAUUGUUGCGGAUGGGGAGACUGCAAUACCUAUCUAUACAAUCUUAGAGGUCUAUCGAGUUUCAGAUAUGGAGCUUGUGAGAGUUCUUCCUAGCAUGGAGGACGAGGUGAAUGUUGCAUGCUUUCAUCCAUCUGUUGGUGGUGGUCUAGUUUAUGGAACUAAGGAAGGCAAACUUAGAAUUCUCCAAUAUGAUGGUUCAGAUGGCACAAGUUGCAUGGGACCAAAUACUUUUAUCGAGGAAAAUAUGCUUGAGAGUAGGUUAGAGGACGGGCUUUAGUACAAUGGUAAAGUUUUUCCUUAAACCUGGGAGACCAAGGCUUGAGUCUCGGAAAUAACCCUUCUGUAUUUAGAGUGAAGGCUGCAUAUAUUGAUCCUCCCCGACUCUCUAUUUGUGGGAGUCUCAUGCACUCUUUACAUGCUAGAGGAAGUUCAGCUGGUAUCUUCUUUGAGAAACUCAAACACAGAUGUAUCAAAAUCAAGUAAUCGACAGGGCUUUUAGGCUUUGGACUGGUGCCACUUGGAAAUGACAUGUAGCCUCUUGAAUGCAUACAAGAUAACUGAAUGGUCAAUGGUGCCUUACUCUAGGCUAAUAUGGAAGGAAGCCUUGUACUAAGAUUGGUAAAAUUUCUGGAGAACAUAGUUCAAUAAUCAAACAUGUAUCUCAAUUGAGACAUCUUUAUGCUGAAAAAAAUCAACUUGGACAUUCCUAACCAGACACAGUAUGAAUUGCAACAUUGUAUUUGGCCAUUAAAAUUUUUCUUCAGGGUAAUGCAGUACAUGGGCAUGCAUAUGACAUUUCUCUUUUUCA